AUGGCCGUUCUAGGCAGUCACUCCGGCAUGUCCUCAGCUGGCGCUUCUUCAGCAACCCCUAGCAUCAGCGACCUUGACGGUUACAGCUUCAGGGACUAUCAUUUCCCUGCCGCGCCCAGCUAUGCCUCUGCUCAAGAUGAUGACUUUGGAUUCGACCCGCCCUCAAGGCCCAAUGCAGCACACAAUGACUACACGGUCUACAGUCCUCCCCACGACUAUUCGUCGCAAUGGCCAGAGUUCAAACGUGAGGAUGAGCUGAAGCCAACCACCGAGAACCUGGUCAAUAUGGAUAUCUACGAGGUGGACAAAUUUAUCGCAUCCACGUUGCCCAACACCAAGACAGCAGUUUCGCGAUUUGGCCAGAUGACUCCUCCAAGAUCCAACUCUACAGCCAGCACACUCAGCAAAGAUGAGAAAUUGUCACCAAAGACUCUGCCCGCAGAACCACGAAAGAGAGGCAAGCCCCGUACCAAAUCUGCGGAGACAGCUUCUGCCAAUCCCACGAAGACCACUACUGCAGGCCGCAAGCGCAAGUCCACGCGAAAGGCAUCCACUCCUGAUGAGCAAGAUGGCGCUCCAGACGACCAGAAAAGGAAACAGUCGCUCGAAAAGAAUAGGUUGGCAGCUGCAAAGUGUCGCAUCAACAAGAAAGAAAAGACUGAAAGACUCCAACGGGACUCACAAACCAAAGCAGUCGAGAACGCAUACCUGAAAGACCAGGUCAUGCGCUUGAAAGAUGAGAUCCAACAGAUGAAUGCCAUCCUUGUUGCACAUGCAAACUGCGAUGGGUGCAAAUCGCCAGAAGAGAUCCAAGCUCAUGUGACAGCGCUCGGCAACGAAUUCUUCAACCAGCAGCUGGCACUUACGGGAACCAAUUUUGCCGACUAUCAACAGAUGAACUUCUCAGGAUUGCCUACCUUGCCAGACAACUUCUUCUCCAAUUCAGCUGCAGAUCCAAUGCUACACCCUCCCCUACCAGAAUUCAACCGGUCAGCAGAAUUCGAAGUUCACACUCCGCUGCCAACCGACUGA